CACAUGGGCUUAAGAAUCAUGGAGGUCCAGAUAAGAAUCUCCUUUAAUCUAUCUAUUCCAUGAAGUUGAUGGACAAGGGAAUCCACAAAAUGGGCAAACCAGAAAAAAAGAAAAGGGAACAAUCAAUUUCUUCUUUAUAAACACCUAGCCUAAGAUGAUUGUUACAGUAUCCCCAGCCAUGGCUAACCCAAGCUGCUUCUUCUUCUUCUUCUUCUUUUAUGGGUUUCUUAUCCUUUUUCAUUCUUCACUUCUGACCUCCAUAGUAGCACAAUCAAAUAUUUAUAUUGUUCAUAUGGACUUGUCUGUCAUGCCCAAAGCCUUCUCUAGUCACCACAGUUGGUACAGAGCAACCCUUUCUUCAGUAUCUGACAGUUAUAGUUCUAGUACUAGUUCUAGUUCUAGUUCCACCUCUAACCUUAUCUAUACUUACACUAAUGCCAUCCAUGGCUUUAGUGCAAUUCUCUCUCCCUCUGAGCUUGAAUCACUGAAAGAGUCCCCGGGUUUCGUGUCGUCGGUUCUAGACAUGCCAAUCACCAUUGAUACAACCCACACAUUCGAAUUCCUUGGCCUCAAUUCUGACUCAGGUGCAUGGCCUGUUUCAAAUUAUGGCAAAGAUGUCAUAAUUGGGCUAGUCGAUACCGGAAUUUGGCCGGAGAGUGAGAGCUUCCUAGAUGAAGGGAUGUCUGAUGUUCCAUCUAGAUGGAAAGGAGAAUGUGAAGAAGGUACCAAGUUCAAUUCUUCAAUGUGCAAUAAGAAGCUUGUAGGAGCAAGGUACUUCAACAAAGGUCUAGUUGGUCAUAACCCAAAUGUAACCAUUUCCAUGAAUUCAACCCGAGACACCGAUGGCCAUGGCACCCACACAUCUUCAACAGCUGCCGGCAACUAUGUGGCUGGUGCCUCUUACUUUGGGUAUGCGAGUGGGACGGCUCGAGGGAUGGCGCCUAGGGCACAUGUGGCCAUGUACAAGGCCCUUUGGGAAGAGGGUGCCUACACAUCUGAUAAAAUUGCUGCAAUAGACCAAGCAAUUUUAGAUGGGGUGGACAUUUUGUCUCUGUCCUUAGGCUUAGAUGGAGCUCCCUUGUACACUGAUGCAAUUGCCAUUGCCUCUUUUGCAGCAAUGGAGAAAGGCAUUCUCGUAUCAACCUCAGCUGGAAACGAGGGGCCUUAUAUAAGUACCCUACACAAUGGAACACCAUGGGUCAUGACUGUCGCUGCCGGUACUGUCGACCGUGAAUUUAAAGGUAUCAUAACUCUAGGCAAUGGAGUAGCAGUCACAGCGGCAACACUGUAUGCCGGUAAAAUGUUCCUAACCCAAUUGCCCCUUGUGUUCAUGGGUGCCUGCACUAGUGAGAAAGAAUUGAAGAAAGUUAGAGAUAAGAUUGUGGUUUGUGAAGACAAGAACAAUUCUGUAAGUGAUCAAUUCUAUUAUGUUAGAUCUGCAAAGGUAGCUGGAGGAAUCUUCAUUACUAACAACACUGAUCUACUAUUCUACAUAAUGAGCUUAUAUCCUAUGGCUUUCUUAAGCCCUCAGGAUGGUCAACCUGUGUUGGAUUACAUCAAAGGGAACUCUGAUCCAAGAGCCAAUUUUGAAUUUAGAAAAACAGUUCUUGGUACAAAGCCAGCACCAACUGUGGCUAGCUACAGUUCUAGAGGGCCAUCCCCAAGUUGCCCAAUUGUGUUGAAGCCUGAUGUCAUGGGUCCUGGCUCCCUAGUGUUGGCAUCAUGGACUGAAGCUAUACCAGUUUUGAAUGAUGGAUCUGUUAGGCUGUUCAACAACUUCAAUCUGAUAUCAGGUACAUCCAUGUCCUGUCCUCAUGCAGCCGGAGUUGCAGCACUGUUGAAAGCGGCGCAUCCGGAAUGGAGCCCGGCGGCUAUCCGAUCAGCCAUCAUGACCACAGCUGAUUAUUUAGAUAAUACUCUCAACCCCAUCAUUGAUACCCAAGACAAUAACCAAAUGGCAAGUCCAAUAGCCAUGGGAGCAGGUCAAAUUAAUCCAAACAAGGCAGUGGAGCCAGGACUAAUUUACGACGCCGGCAAAGAUGACUAUGUGAGGCUCCUCUGCGGAUUGAAUUUCACCAUGAAUCAAAUCAAGAUGAUCACAAGGUCUUCUGAUUACAAUUGUUCAGACCCAUCUUUGGAUCUCAACUACCCAUCAUUCAUAGCCUUCUUUAAUUCCAAUGACUCUUCUUCUGAUGCCAAAAUUGUGCAAGAAUUUCAAAGAAGAGUGACAAAUGUGGGAGAUGGGAUGUCAACUUAUAAGGCUAAGGUGACUGCCAUGGAUGGGUUUGAGGUGAAAGUGGUACCAGACAAGCUGGUUUUCAGAGACAAGUACGAGAAGUUGUGUUACAAGUUGAGGAUAAAAGGACCAAAAAGGAUGAAGCAGAUUGUGGUUCAUGGUGCUCUAAGCUGGGUUGAAGUUGGAGGGAAUCACGUGGUGAGAAGUCCCAUAGUAGUCACAAGCCUUAGCUCAGAACCUUUGUCUGGGAACGGUUAGGUUAAGAGUGUCUCUUAGUUUGGGUAGGGAUGAUGAAUAAGUAGAUCUAGGCAUUUAGCAGAAAAUAAACGAUGUGUAGCGCUUGUGAAGCUGCUUGUUUUAACCAUAAAUAGAAUUAUUGAAAAGAAAUAAUCAA